UCAGAGUUCAAUUAUAUUUGGGGGCAAUCUCUCGGCUAUCUUAUGUCAUUCCAAAGCUCAACAAAACACCAAUGUCUCAACCCCUAAGUCAGGCAGCCAUUGAUGAAGCAAUAGCAUUAGGGAUAGAUUUGCAGUUUGAUGAUUUAUACAACCCUGAUGAAAUUGCGUUGAUAAUUAAACAAAGAGAAGAAGCGCUUUCCAUACAAGCUGAUGAAGAAUAUGCAAAUAUGUUGCAAUUACAGGAACAUGAAGAAUUUGUAAAAAGUUUGCAUGCCAUGGAAGAAAAUCCUCCGAACAAUUCUCAACAUGAUGUUCCUUCGACUAGUGGAGGAAGUAGUUUACCUAAUCAAACUGCUACUACUGAGAACAACAAUCCAGAAAAUGAAAUAGAAGAUGUUAUCUCUGGAUUACCAACUCAAAAGUACCGUCGCAAAACCUGGUGGAGAAGGAGAUCAUUUGUUCCCGAUACAAACGAGUGUUCCCUAUGUGCAGUCGGCUAUGAGAAGGGAGAUAAGAUAACUAUGUUACCAUGCAAGCAUGCCUUCCAUAAGGAUUGCGUUUCAAAUUGGUUAAAAGAAAACAAGGUAUGCUGUGAAUGCCAAGCCGAAGUUAAUCCGUAAUUGGGACAGUUAUGCCAACUCUCAUGGGAUGAUAACGAUUAAUAUCUUGUAUAAGCUAGGUUGACGAAUGUUCUGGCAUUUUUUUGAGUAUUUUAAGA